AUGUGCUGGAGGUGCGUGGUGGCGUUGCAGAUCCUGGACGAGUCGGACGCGUACUCUGACGUGGGCGGCGGCUGCCGCGGCGGCAGCGCCGAGUCCUCGCCCGACGCCGACCACCUGUCCUCGCCGCCCGGCGACCCGCCCGCGCCCUCGCGCGCCCUCCCGAAUGUCGAUCGUUUAAAGGACCCGCCGCUGGACGAGGUGCUGGGCGGCGCGGAGCCGGCGGGGGCGGCGGCGGCGGCGGCGCGGGCGGCGGCACUGGCGGCGGCGGGCGUGUCGACGGACACGCGGUGGGAGUUUCCGCGCUCGCGCCUGCGCCUGCAGACGGUGCUCGGGCAGGGCAACUUCGGGCAGGCCCCGUUCGUGACGCUGUGGGUGCUGGCGCAGGUGCUGCGCGCGGAGGCCGACGACCUGCAGGGCCACCAGGGCACCACGCGCCUCGUCGCCGUCAAGACGGUGAAGCCCGGCGCGUCGGCGCGCGACAAGGCCGACCUGCUGCGCGAGCUGGCCAUCCUGCAGUCGCUGGGCGAGCACCCCAACGUCGUCACGCUGCUCGGCUGCUGCACGGAGCAAGAACCCCACAAUCUGCUUCGAAGCGUAGCAGUGGUGGGUAACAUUCUUCCUCCGUAG